AUGGCCUCCAACAAGGCAUUUGUCUUCAAGAAAAUCCCCAAGGGCUGGCCUGUUGCGGGCGAACACAUUACCACCGAGCAGGCAGCCUAUGAUGCCAAUGUAGCCACGCCAGCUGAUGGCAUCGUGGUGCAGUCACUCUACUCGAGCUUUGACCCGUAUAUGCGCGGUCGAAUGCGCGAUCCAGCAAUAAAGACGUACAAUAAUCCCUAUCCCAUCAAUGGGGUCAUUGAUAGUCGGAGCAUUGCCAAGGUGUUGCGUUCAAACAACGCACAAUUCCCCGAGGGGGAGAUUGUCAUUGGACGUCUCCCAAUUCAAGAAUACGUUGCUGUUGAAGGCGAGCCGCUCAAGACCCUAAAGAAGUUGAAAAACCCGCUGGGCAUCGAGGACAUACGCGUGUUCUUAGGCGCACUGGGCAUGCCCGGCUUGACUGCCUACUCAUCGCUGUACGAAAUUGGCAAGCCAAAGAAGGGUGAAACCAUUUUCGUGUCGGCAGCCAGCGGCGCGGUGGGUGCCAUUGUCGGGCAACUUGCCAAACAUGAAGGUCUACGGGUGAUUGGGUCUGUAGGAUCUCAAGAGAAGCUCGAUUUUAUCACCAAGGAGCUGGGCUUUGACGGCGGAUUCAACUACAAGACCGAGAAGCCUGCCGAGGCGUUGGCGCGCCUUGCGCCAGAUGGCAUUGACAUUUACUAUGAAAAUGUCGGCGGUGAUCAUCUUGCCGCCAGCCUUGACGCAAUGAAUAUGUUUGGACGCGUCGUUUUUUCCGGUUUUAUAUCAGAGUAUAACUCUGACCCGUACCCGCUCACAAACAUCAGCAAGGUUCUCCACAAGCGUUUGACCAUGCGUGGCUUCAUCGUCAGCGAUGCCAACAUGGGCCCUCUCUACGAUGAGGAGCACCAGGAAAGGGUACAAAAGUUCAUCAAGGAAGGUUCAUUCAAGGCCAUUACUCAUGAAACUGUUGGCAUUGAUAAUGCUGCCGAGGGCUUCAUUGGCCUCUUGGCGGGCAAGAAUUUCGGCAAGGCGGUCCUCAGAUUCUAG